AUGACUGACACUAAUUCCUCAUCUUACGAAUCAUCGGACAUGGAACAAAAUAAGACGACCCAGGCAAGGACCAUUGACACGAGAUGCCGAACUGGCAAAGGCCAGAUAACGGCAAGGAGGGAGGGGCUUCGGAGCGCGAAGUCCCUAGUGACGAAAAGGGCGGAAGAGAUCGAGGACAGCGACCGAUCCCGAUCGCCGCUCAAGGUCGAUGAUUCGACGCCUUUUGCCACCUCCAAGGAGGAGGACUCGGACGAUGGCGUGAAGACUGCCCACAAGAAGAAGGAAGGGAAGUGGGAGAUCCCCAGAGACGAGGACGGGAACACCGACGAAGAACGCCUCGUGGAGAAGGCCAUCAAAGGCAGGGGCAGGCCGGAGACGACAGGUGGUUACCGGCUCAAAAAAGAAUUUCUGGCCAGGAAACAGGUUAUCCUGGAACAGAGAAGGGAGGAAUUCCUGCUGAAGGGCAUGGAAAACCCAUGUGAAGAGUUCCAGGAUUGUACUACCAAUAGGAAGUACAAGGCCGAAAUUAAAAGACUUACUGAACAUCUUGAGGAGGCCCCCUUCCGGGACGUCACGGCGACGAUACUUGAAGCGUCGACAAAGGUGCUAGGAUUCUCGCAGAAAUCUAAAAGCUUAAAGGGCACCCAUGUUAAGGUGCUCAGAGACGCCGCAGCUGCCAUAACUGCAGGAGCCAACAUAAUGGCAAUGCAAAUGGCGCAAGAUAGAUGCGGGAGCAACAUGGAUCUCAUAGAGGAGCUACGGACGGAGAACGCGAAUCUCAAGACGUCGCUGACAGAGGUGAGGAAGGAGCUGGAGGAGGUCAAACAGAUGCUCCGAGGUAUAAGGGAGGCACCACUGCAUGAAGCAGUGGUAUCCUCCCCGCCCUCGAAGCACCCGGGGAACGUGAGUCAGGGUGUAGGAGAGACACCGCGGCGUUUACCGAGUGCUCCCCCGCCCCUGACCCACGCAGAAAAGGAAAGGGCGAUAACUCCACCCGCGGUGGACAUGAUGGAGGAGGAGGAGGAGGCACCGAUAGGGAUCAUAGAGGUGCAAAAGGGGUUGAUCCCAAGGGAGAGGAGACGCCCAGUAAGGGAGAGAAAAGAAGCCAGGGUCGCACAAACAGGCCCCAAAAUCAGAGAGAACAUCCUCCUGGACAACAGGGUGAGGAUAGAAAGAAGGGAGGAACCAGUGAGGAAUGAAAGGAAGGGACUGGAGGGCAACAUAACACAAAUGGUGUUCAAAGCCUUAAAUGAGUGGAAAGCACAAGGGAAGGAGCUUCCCAAAAAAGGGGCCGGGAAAGAGAAAAAGAUAAAGGGAGUGGGGAGCCAGGGUGUGGUACUACAACAGGGGGGAAACAGAUACGAGCAGGAGUACCCUCAACUACCACCCACGCGAGCGCAAAGAAAAGAGCAGCAGGCACAGAAAACUCCCACACCACAGGAAGAAAUGUGGACAAAAGUAGUGGGUAGGAGGGAAAGGAAGAAAGAAAAAGAAACGCAAAAAAGGCAGGAAAUAAAAAGGGUGGUAAAUAUAGAAAGAAAGGAGGGGAAGAAAAAUAGGAGGAGAGUCCCCAACACGGCGGCGGUGACAAUCACAGCAGAAAGGGGACAAUACAAAGAUCUAUUGUCAGAGGCAAAAAGAAAGAUCGAUCUCACCGGGAUGGGUAUAGAAAAAAUAAAGACUAGAGUGGGGGCCACCGGAGCCCUGGUAAUAGAAAUACCAGGAGAGCAAAGGAGCAAGCAGGCGGAUCAGCUCGCAGAUAAGCUGAAGGAAGUGCUGACGGACAGGGCAAAAAUUAACAGACCACAAAAGAUGGGAGAAUUAAGACUAAAAGGGCUGGAGAUAGCCACUACGGAGAGCGAAGCGGCGGAGGCAGUGGCUAAGGCAGGAGGAUGCCAGAUAGGAGAGGUAAAGACCGGGAGUAUGAGAACAGCCUGGAAUAAUUAUCGGACACUAUGGAUACAGUGCCCCCUUGCGGCAGCCAAGAGGGUUGCAGAAACAGGCAGUAUCAAAAUCGGGUGGACACAGACAAAAGCAGAGCUGCUGCAGGCAAGGGCCCUGCAAUGUUACAGGUGCCUAGAAAAAGGGCACGUGCAAACCAAUUGCAAAAAUAACAUCGAUAGACGGGCAAAUUGUUAUAGAUGCGGAGAACCCGGUCACUUGGCUCGGGAGUGCUUGGGCAUAGCGGCAGAGCCCCACCAUGUCCCCAAGAACCGCAGAUGGUUCGGGGACGAGUUGGGCUCUGUCGCUAUUGUGUGGAAGGCGAGCAGUUGCUCACCCCCUGCCGAGUAUUUGGACCGAGGCAGGGGGUUUGUCGUGGCCAGGUGGGGAGCCAUCAUCGUGGUCGGGGUGUACCUCCCCCCAACAAAGAGCCUGGACUUUCCUAGUUUCAAGUCCAGGCUCCGAGAUAUGGGGAGGGCCGUUAGACGGUACCUCCCCGGACCUGUCAUCAUCGCCGGGGACUUCAAUGCGAAGUCGGAGACGUGGGGAUCCCGGGAUGGUGACAGGAGGGGGGAGGAGGUGGAAGACUGGGCCGCGGGCCUUGAUCUGCACCUGCUGAACGAGGGACGUGAAUCGACGUUCGUAGGGUCGCGGGGAGAAUCGAUCAUCGAUCUCACAUGGGCUUCCCCCGCGGCCCUGAAGCGGGUGCGGAGUUGGAGGGUGGCGGACGAGCUCGAAGCUCUUUCAGAUCAUCUCUUAAUAGAGAUGGAGCUGUCCGUCACCCCCGAGGGCCUGCGGUCCAGGCAACCCCGAAUGCAACCCCGACCGGGGAGAUGGUCCCUUAACAAACUGGACAGGGAAGCACUGGACAUCUCCCUAGAGGCUGCCACCUGGCCACGGCAGGAAGAGGGGCGGGACCUCGACUCUGAGGUUAUGGCAAUUAUGGAAGUCAUCGCGCAUGCGUGCGACGAAGCCAUGCCCAGAGUCAGGUCCUGCCCCAAAAGGUCCGCCUGGUGGUGGACCGACGCCAUAGCCGAUCUCCGGCACAAGUCGGUCCACCUCAGGCGGGCGUUUAGGAGGGUCCGUAACGACCCUCACUCGGACCCCGAGGCUGUUCUGGCUGCCCGGAGGGAGUUUUGCCUAGCGGCAGCAUCCCUCAGAGAUGCGAUUGGGGCAGCCAGAGGAAAAGGGUGGGACACCCUCCUCCUCUCGCUGGACGCUGAUCCGUGGGGGCGUCCAUACAAACUGGUAAUGAACAAGUUGAAACCAUGGACGCCCCCGCUAACGGAGACGCUCGACCCCCGGUUCUUGGAGCGGGUCAUGGGGACCCUCUUCCCGGUCAGGGAAGGGGACCCCAUGGGCCCGUACGUUGCACCCACCCCUGAACAACAAGGGGUGGUACCGGGGGUCACCGAGGAGGAGGUGGCCGGGGCCAUCAAAAGGGUCAAAAGCCGGAAGGCGCCAGGACCCGAUGGAAUCCCCGGCCGCGUCCUUACCCUGGCCUCGGGGUACCUAGGCGGAAGGCUCGCGAGGAUAUUCUCGCGAGCCCUGAGGGAACGAAGGUUCCCCCCAGUCUGGGGGAGGGCCAAUGUGGUCCUCCUCCGUAAAGAGGGCAAACCGGAGGGCACCCCCUCCGCAUACCGGCCCAUAUGUCUCCUGGACGAGGCGGGCAAGCUCUUCGAGCGUGUCAUAGCUGCCCGCCUCGUGGAGCAUAUGUCCCGGAUAGGUCCGAACCUUGACGACGGCCAAUACGGCUUCCGGGAGGGACGUUCCACCGUGGACGCGAUUCGGCGUCUGCGGUCCCUCUCGGAGGCCAUAGUGCAGGAGGGCGGGGUGGCGGUAGCGGUGUCCUUGGACAUCGCCAACGCAUUUAACACCCUGCCCUGGGCCUGGAGAGACGCCGACGGCAAGGUAUGCGAGAGGGGCAUGAGUUGCGGGGUUCCACAGGGACUGGGCCUGGUGGUGGCGGAGAGGAAGACGGAGGCGAUCUUCCUCCAUAGCAGGAGGAUGAAGCCACCCCAGGCCCAGAUAAGAGUAGGAAGGGUCAGGGUCCCAAUAGAGGCCCAGAUGAGAUAUCUGGGCCUCACCCUGGACGGCACCUGGUGCUUCAGGCAACACUUCAAUCGCCUGGUCCCCCGGUUAAGGGCUGUCUCGAGCAGAGUCAGCAGACUCAUGCCGAGAACCGGGGGACCGGAUGGGAAGGCGCGUCGCCUCCACGCUGGGGUACUAAACUCGGUGGCCCUUUACGGGGCACCGAUAUGGGCGGAAGCCCUGGCCGUCAGUCGCCCUAUACAAGCAACCCUGCGCAGGGUGCAGAGGGCGCUGGCGGUCAGGGUGGCCCGCUGUUACAGAACAGUAUCCCACGUGGCGGCGACGGUCCUGGCGAGCAUGCCCCCCCUGGAGCUCAUGGCCCUUUCGUACAUGGGAAUGUACGAUAGGAAGCGUGAGCUCCUGCGUAUGGGGGGGCGGAAGAACCGCUCGCCAGGACAAUCAGAAGGAUGA